CGGUCGGCGCGCGCGCACGUAAUUAUCAAAAGUUAAUUCGCCAUGCAUUACUUUUCAAUUGCGUUUCUGAUCGCGGCCGCUACCGCUAGGAAUAUACCUGAGAGCGGUGUCCUGUUUAUUGUGCCGAGCCCAUUGGAUUUCCCAAGACGGCAGCAGCUCAGCCAUUCAUCAGAAUUACAUGCUACCGGCAUAAUCGGCCGUCAAGGUAACGGUGAAGCGAAUGCCCAAGAAAAACCUAAACAUCACGAGUUUGACUACGGAAAUGAACGUAGAAUCCAAGAUAAUACAAGUGGUUUCCCAGACGAAACAAGUUAUUCGGAUGGAUUUGACCAAAGUAAUGAUAGAACUAGGAUAAAUGGCCCGAGUUCUCAAGAAAAUAGAAAAUUGUAUGACAAGUCACGACCGGGGUACGCUGAUCCUUCGAGCAGCACUCGCGGUGUCGAUGCGAAUGUAAAUGACAGAAUUCCGCAAGAUUCUGAACACAACGGCGAUAGAAAUCAUAAAUGCAUACGCGACAGGUUCAAAAACGACAGGGAAGCGACUGGAAGACGCGGCGAAUCAGGUGCCAAAACAAACAAAGACAAUCCAGAUGAUGAUUUUUACCAAAAUCCGCCGAAAACAAAUUUGAAUAGUAAACAUUCUAGGAAUAAUCCUGACGCAAACGUGACUCGUAGACCUAUUGAAGGCAGGACUAUUGAGAACGAGUUGAAAGGGAAUGUUACUGAUGAUAAGUGGGUUUGGGGUGACACCACAAUGUUGCCGUCUACUGAGACUGAGUUGGACAACCGAGCGGCUUUUGAUGGUGGCGUAUGUCCCACUGGACAAAUUAGGAUUAAAGGAUCGGACAUGUGCGUGGAUAAAGAUGAGGAUAAGUAAAUGUUCAAUGUGAUUUAGUUGUGGAAAUUUAUGAAAGGUUAGUAAGGAUUGUGAUUGAAGCUACCCGUGGUGACAAGUGUUGACACACAAAGAUGGGUACAUUAUAAUUUGAACACCCUUUUUAUUUAUUAACCUUGUUAUAUGAAAAGAUUUAAAGCUAUCAGAACAAGUGGUAAAAUCUGUGAUAUUUAAAUAUGUGUACAUACAUACUACAUAUAGGCACGCCUGUAUCCCUUGCAGACAGGGUAGACAGAGCUGACAGUCUUAAAAAGACUUUUAGGCCACAUUUAUCUGUGUGGCUUAAUGACAGAAUUGAGAUUCAAAACAGUGACAGGUUGCUAGUCCAUCGCCUAAAAGUGGAAUCCCAAGUAUGAAAGCCUAUCCCUUAGUCGCCUUUUACGAUUUCCAUGGGAAAGAGAGAGUGGUCCUAUUCUGUUUUAUGUUGGUGCCGAUAUCCACACGGCACUUACUAUAUUAAAAUUAUAUACGAAAUAAGAGUAUUGUGUUAUUUCAAAGGUUAAUUUGUUGGGAAGUAAAGAAUUAAUAUUAUUAUUCAUUAUAUCCAGUAGUUAUUUAUCUAUUCCUUAUUCCAAAAUUGGAGAUUUAAUUAAGACGAUAGGUUAUUUUUAUAUCAGAACGGUAUUUGUAUAUUUAAGAGUUAUUUGCGGUUUUUUGGUAAGCUAUUACGAGUGUAAACAAAGUCAUUAUAUGAUGAUCAAGUAUAAAAUUAACCUUGAAAACAUAGUUUUUCUAUAAAGUACAUAAUAGUAUAACACAACGCGAUUAAAAAAAAAUAUUGUAAAAGGCAUCAUGUUGAAGCUGGAGUGAGUGGAAAAUUACAAUUGAAAGGCGUUAGAAAUGUUGGCUUUAAGAUAGAAUUGAAAUUCAAAUAGUGACACGUUGCUAGCCCAUCGCCUAAAAGAAGAAUCCCAAGUUUAUAAGCCUACCCCUUAGUCAUCUUUUACGACAUCCGUGGGAGAGAGAUGGAGUGGUCCUAUUCUUCUUUCUAUUGGUGCCGGUAACCACACGCACCAAAUAGCUGAACGUGGCCUAUCAGUCUUUUCAAGGCUGUUGGCUCUGUCUACCCCACAAGACAUAUAGACGUGAUUAUAUGCAUAUAUGUAGUAUUGUUGACAGAGUUCAAACUCGACUAAACAGGUCCGCUUAAUUAAGUUAAUUAGCCCUAUUGUAAAGACACAUGAAUUUAAUUAUUUUAAGCGCGGUAACAAUUGUAAACAAUAAAUUUAAACGUUAUUUGAUUUAAUAAUUGUCAUAUUAUUAAUUUGUAUUUUGUGUCAAAUAAACAAGGUUUCCUUUAUUUCUUUUCUUUUUUAUUAGAGGAAAAUAACGAGUGUUGUUUUAUACGAUAGCAACAUAGGAUAUUACAAACAUACAAAUAUAUUACUACGUCUUUAUCCCUUGCGGGGUAGACAGAGCUAACAGUAUUGGAAAGAUCGAAAGGCCACUUAAAUAGGAUAUUAUUUACAUACAUAUGGUCACGUCUAUAUCCCUUGCGGGGUAGACAGAGCCAACAGUCUUGAAAAGACUGAAUGGCCACGUUCAGCUAUUUGGUUUAACGAUAGAAUUAUGAUUCAAAUAGUGACAGGUUGCUAGCCCAUCGCCUAAAAAAGAUUUUUUGGAUUGGUGCCGGGAACCACACGGCACAUAAAUAUUAUUUACAAAUUCUUUUCAAUGAAUUAGACUUGCAUUUCUAAUAUUUAACUAGGUUUUAUAGCUAGCUAAAAUACGGUCAAAUUGAGAACUUUCCUGUCUAAUCUAAAGUCGGUAAAAAAAUAUUAAUUAUAUUAUUUAUUUAUAUAUUAUAAAUAGCAUACUUUAUUAAAAUGAACUCAAAUUAAAACUAAAACUACAUCUUUUUUCUUUCUUUUUAAUAAGAGAUUGUCAAGCAAAUUGUUUUAAUUUGACUUCAUUUUAAUUAAGUUUCCUAUUUAUAACAUAUUUAAAAAAAAUAUAUAUUUUAUAUCGCCAAUUGGAGUUUACAGAUAUACAAACUUAUUGAACAAAUGUGAAAUUGAAAAUAUUUAAUUGUAAUAAAGAGAAAUUAAUUUAAGUCUGACAAAUUGUAUUGUCCUGUUUUCGCUUUUGUCAAAAUUCGAACCAAUUAUUUUUGAUUUUGGUAUAAUCAUGAAUACAUAAUUUAUAGGUACCAUAUUAAAACA